GUGAAGACAUCAGUAGUGUUGUUCCCUAGCAGUCUGGUGUGAAUGAAUGUGUCGAGUAAUGGAGAGUUGUUGGAUGCUUUGCUAUUAGGUUGACAGCAUUGUAUUUCACGUACAGUGAAACAGAUUUGUCCGGACGUUAGAGCUGCUAAAUGUAUUUCUCAGAAGGUCACGAGCUUGUUUUUCAACGUUAAAGCAGGAAGCUAGCAGCUAGCUUCAGCUGCUAAUAACAGGAGGCUGUCCUGUGAAACAGACGGUUUGGUUGAAGUUAGUUAAACUGAACAUUUGGUGAAUUAUCUGCGUUAAGUUUUGCGCAGACAAAAAGGUUCAAUGUUGACCAUGACCACCCGAAUAGAGUGUAUCUUUUUCAGUGAGUUUCACCCCACCCUGGGUCCAAAGAUAACGUAUCAGGUCCCAGAGGAAUACAUUUCACGAGAGCUCUUUGACACAGUUCAGGUUUAUAUCAUCACCAAGCCAGAACUGCAAAACAAAUUGAUAACAGUCACUGCCAUGGGAAAAAAGUUAAUCGGGUGUCCUGUGUGCAUCGAGCAUAAAAAGUACAGCAGAAAUGCCCUCCUGUUUAACCUCGGCCUUGUGUGUGACGCCCAAACCAACACGUGUGCCCUUGAGCCGAUCGUCAAGAAGCUGUCUGGGUAUCUCACAACUCUGGAGCUGGAGAGUGGUUUUAUAUCCAACGAGGAGAGCAAGCAGAAACUUUUACCCAUUAUGUCAACUUUGUUAGAAGAACUUAACGCCACAGGAGCCUGCACCCUACCCAUAGACGAGUCCAACACCAUCCACUUAAAGCUGAUCCAGCUGCGAAAAGACCCCCCGAUUGUCCAGGAGUACGACGUGCCCGUCUUCACACAGUGCAAAGAGCAUUUCAUCAAAUCUCAGUGGGAUCUCACCACUCAGCAGAUCCUGCCCUAUAUUGAUGGAUUUAGACACAUCCAGAAAAUCUCUGCUGAAGCAGAUGUUGAGCUCAAUCUUGUUCGCAUUGCGGUGCAGAAUCUCUUGUAUUAUGGUGUUGUGACCUUGGUGUCAAUAUUUCAGUACUCCAAUGUUUAUUGCACCACCCCCAAAGUCCAGAACCUCGUAGAUGAUAAGUCCAUUCAGGAGGAGUGCCUCAGCUACGUCACUAAGCAAGGUCAGAAGCGUGCCGGUCUGAGAGAUGUCUUCCAGCUGUACUGUGGUCUGAGUCCAGGAACCACAGUCCGAGACCUUUGUUCUCGCUACUCGCAGCAGCUUCAAAGGGUUGAUGAAAGGAGGCUGAUCCAAUUUGGACUGAUGAAGUCUCUUAUUCGACGGCUACAGAAAUAUCCGGUGAAGGUGAUCCGUGACGAGAGGAGCAGGCUGCCCCGACUCUAUACCGGUUGUCAUAGUUAUGAUGAGAUCUGCUGCAAAACAGGGAUCAGUUACCAGGAGCUGGAUGAACGUUUGGAAAAUGAUCCCAACAUCGUGGUGUGCUGGAAGUGACUUGAAAACAGACUGAAAGAUACAGAGAUGCCUCCACCAAAGAUGCCUUUAAUGACUGGAAGACUCUCUUCUUGGCAUUACAGUGAACGUGAAGUAGUAUUUUGUAAACGUUGUGUUAGAUAAGUGUUUGUUUGUUUUAUUACAAAGGUCCUCAUGAAUAAUUAACAUCAAUUCUGUUUAGGUUAAGUGAGGACAGUGAUAUUUAUUAAUAUUGUACAAAAGAGAAUUUGUGAUUAAUAAAAGAGAUUAUACCACGA